GGCCCGGCCCGCCAUGACCCUCCCCGUCUUCUUCGGCUGCAGCUUCAUCGCCUUCGGGCCGGCGCUCGGGCUGCUCCUCUUCACCGUGCUGCGGGACCCGCUGCGCGUCAUCGUGCUCGUCGCCGGAGGGGCUGCUGUGGACGGUGGCAGGAGAGCACCAGUCCUCUGUCUGGAGGGGCCGAGCACAUGAUCCGUCAUGCUCUCGCAGAGAGGUGUCAGCACAGAUUCGUUCUCUCGGCUGGCGCAUGGGAGUCAGAUUUCCACCAGCUGAGACUCCUGCCACAGGUAUCCACACCUCUCCCCACCCCUAGCUCUGCCGAGCCUGACCAGGCCUGGAGCUGCACCCCACUGAUGUGCAGAUAGUGGGGCCCUUUCCACACUGCCCAGCCUGGGUGGCUGUCUGAAGCAGGCAGGCAGUAUGGUGCUGCACGUUCCAAAAUGGCCUGUCUCUCUUUCAGGGCCUUUUUCUGGCUGGUCUCCCUGCUCCUGUCAUCGUUAGUCUGGUUCAUUGCGGUUAAAGCCAGUGACCCAGGAGAUGAGCCACUGCAGAAGGGCCUCCUAAUAUUCGGGGUCCUGUUCUCCGUGCUCCUACAGGAGGCCUUUCGAUUUCUCUACUACAAAUUGCUCAGGAAGGCAGUCGAAGGGCUGGUGACCCUCAGCGAAGAUGGCUGCUCCCCGAUUUCCAUCCAGCAGAUGGCAUAUGUAGCUGGCCUGGGCUUUGGGCUCAUGAGUGGCGCCUUCUCCAUGAUUAACCUCCUGGCAGAUGCCCUGGGGCCUGGCACUGUGGGAAUCCAUGGAGACUCACAGCUCUACUUCCUGACCUCGGCCUUCAUGACCAUGGUGAUGAUUUUCCUUCACACCUUCUGGGGAAUCCUCUUCUUCCACGGCUGUGAGACCCAGCACUGGUGGGAGAUGGUGGCCGUCAUCCUCACUCACCUCAUUGUGUCAGGAUCGACGUUCUGGAACCCCCUGUACGUGGGCAGCCUCGUCCCCUCCUACCUGCUGAUGUUUGCCACGGCGGCAUGGGCCUACAUCCUGUCAGGAGGCUGCACUCGGAACCUGCUCCGGUCCCUGCGGGGGCAGCAGAGCGAGACAGGCCCCCAGCCAGGAUCCUGAGGGUCCAUCAGGAGCUCUCCCCUCAGCUGCUCUCUGCCUGCCCUGCCCUCCCUCUGGUGCUGUCAGCUGGGACCUACAGUUGCCUUCUCUGCAAUAUCAUUUCUCUCUUCUGGAAUGGGAGUCCCCCGAUCAGUCCCUGCUGGAGGCAGGUGUCCGGGGGCUCCUGCAGCCAGGGAGUAGCCAGCAGAACGUCUGAUAGCUGAGGGCUGCUCACCCUGUCCUACCAGUCCCGGUCUCUCCAUGCUGUGGACCUGGACUGUUUUUAGCCCACCCUUGAAAGACCCGUGGUUUAACAUGGUGCGAGGGGUUCUCCAGAACUCACUGUGCCUGCUCCAGAACCAGUGUGUGGGUGUGGUGGGCUCUUUCUGCACAUACAGGGAGAGUCCUUCUCAGCCCCAGGAAGUCUGUGGUCUGGCCAGCAGUUUGCCUGGAUACAUCAAAGCGCCGAGCUGGGGAUGCCAGGCACUAAGGAGCUGCAACGUCCUUUCCCCUUGCCCAGGAGUGGCUGUACCAGGGGGCUGAAUUCCCAGCCCUGGCCCCAAGUGCCUGGCUGCUGGUAUGGGACAGACUGCCAGGUACUGGCCUGAGAAGGAUGGUGGAUGGCAUUCAAUGGGAAAUGCAGAACAGGUGGGUGGCAAAGGAUGAGGCUGACUGGAUGCCCAGCACUGGCAUGGAGAGGGGAUGAGUGGUGCCAAAGGGCUGAUGCUGGUACGGGAAGGGGAUGGGCAGGUGGUGCCGGCACAGUGCAGCUGGUAGUGCAUGCCUCGUGCAGACAUGCUGGGAGGAGGGGCGGUGGCAGAGGUUUAUCCGGGGCAGGAUCAGUGACCCUGCCCAUCUCUCUGGUGGGGGUGGAUAUGAGGUGCCCGAGCUGGCACCAGCCCUGGGGAUGUGAGGUGGAACUGGGAGCAGGGACCCUGGAAGCCAUGCAGAGGCGCCGGGGCAGAGAGCCAAGACUGACUGAGUUUGUAAUGGGCUUUUAUAUCAAUAAAGAGAAAUACCAGCCUCAGAGAGAA